AUGGAUCUGACCAAAGUUCCAUCUGAUGUUAUCAUCAUCGGUGCUGGCAUAUUCGGCCUCUCAACAGCUCUCGCCAUCUCCAAACGCCACCCUCACUAUCAAAUUACCGUGAUAGACAGACUCACUCCACCUGUUAUUGACGGUACAAGUGUCGACACAACCCGGUGCAUCCGAGCUGAUUACCCCGACCCAAUUUAUGCUCGCCUGGCCUCAGAGGCACAAAAGAAAAUAGAAGCUGAUCCCGAUCUUGCUCCAUACUACUUCAAGCAAGGCAUGACAUUUGCUUGUGAUGGGAAACCGGGUAAAAUGUUUGAUUUUUGGCAGCGUGGAUUGGACAACGUCCGAAAACAACAUGCUGCUGACUCAAUUAUUGAGAUGAACUCUGCCGAAGAGGUCUUUCGACGCAUUCAUGGAGUCGCUUCUAAUCCAGUGCCUGACGACCAGCUUGAGAGAGAGAGGAAGUGGAUUAGGGGGUACACGAACUUAGAAGAUGCCUUCAUCGAUGCGGAAGCAUCAGUUCGGGUAUACUACGAACGGUGUCUAGCACGGAAGAAUAUAGUUUUUGUUUGCGGCACUCCAGUCAGAAAUAUAAUCAAAGACCCACAAAGUCAGACUGCGACCGGAGUUAUGCUUGAAGAUAGACGGCAGUUAAAAGCAUCGCUGGUCUUGCUUGCUGCUGGUGCAUGGUCAAACACGCUGGUUAAUAUCGAAGAACUAGCAUACUCAUCUGCGAUCGAGGUGGCAUGGAUACCACUCACUCCAGACGAAUGCGAAAGGUGGAAGAAUAUGUCUAUCACAACGAAUUUAAGUACAGGUUUUAAUCUUUUCCCACCUUACAAUAGUGAGAUGAAAUGUCUGCGCCGAUCUCCAGGUUACUGCAACACGGUCACAAUCCCUGACCCUGAAAACCCAGAGGGAGGCCACAAUAUCAAAGUGUCUGUUCCACGAACUGUGGUAACGAACCCUACUGACGUGAUCCCGCAAGAUGCGGAGAAUGCGUUGCGAGACAAUCUGAGGGAAUUGAUGCCCAGUAUUGCAGGACGAAAGUUUGACCGAACAAAACUGUGUUGGAUCUCACAGACCCCCACCGCAGAUUUCAUCAUUUCACCUCAUCCACACACCAAGAACUUGCACAUAGCAACUGGUGGCUCUGCUCACGCGUGGAAAUUUCUGCCUAUCAUUGGAGAUUUGGUGCUUGACUCAAUUGAGGGAAAGCUAGAUGCUGAGUUGGUCCGUAAAUGGGCUUGGGGUAGACACGGCUCAGACGGUGGCAACGCUCCCAGAAUGAGCGGCAAUGCACAAGAAUUAAGAGAUGUUGUUCGCAGUCAAACAGGAGAUGUUAUCUUGGGAAAGAUAUAG